UCCUUCCGGACUAUUUUUGUUGAUGCGCUUCACCACUUCGAAACGGCAAGGAGCUGCAGUGUGUAGUUUUUAGAUUUUUAUUUAUUUUUUAUCCUUUAUUUCAAUGCCAAAAAAGUUUCACCUGGAGGUCUGAGAAACCCAGUCCAGGAAAAAUGUCCGACUGGUGUCCGAUAGCGAAAGACUACAACCCGCUGAAAGCUGGCAGCAUCGACGGGACAGACGUGGAACCCCAUGACCGGGCGGUAUGGAGGGCCAUGUCCGCCCGCUACAAGCCCAACAAGGGCGUCGUGGGAGACCCGCUGCUGACGUUGUUCGUGGCCCGCUUGAACCCCCAGACGACCGAGGAGAAGCUGCGGACGGUGUUCUCCAAGUACGGCGACAUCCGGCGGCUGCGGCUGGUCCGGGACAUCGUGACGGGCUUCUCCAAAGGAUACGCCUUCGUGGAGUACAAGGAGGAGCGGUCGGUGAACCGGGCCCGGCGGGACGCCGACAAGCUGCUGGUGGACCAGCACGAAGUGUUCGUGGACUUCGAGCAGGAGAGGACCCUGAAAGGCUGGGUGCCGCGGCGGCUCGGCGGCGGGCUGGGCGGCAAGAAGGAGUCCGGACAGCUGCGCUUCGGCGGCAGGGACAGACCCUUCCGCAAACCCAUCAACCUGGGUCACAAUGCCGGGCAGGAGCGCGGCGGGGACCGGGGAGAGCCGAGGGCCUGGGAGGACAGAGACAGACACCGGUACAGGGAGAGCGAGUGGGGCGGCAGAGACAGGAGAGAUCCCCGGGAGAGAAACCGAGAGGAGCGCAGACACAGAGACAGGAGAUGAUGGCGGAGGCUGCUGCUGGACAUGUUGGACUGUGCAGAGAACACCUGGCUUUACUUUAUCUGCUAUUAAAAAAAUUCCUUCCAUGCUUUUCAAAAUAAAUUUAAAAAAAUGUUUGGGUUCUGUGCACUCAGCAGAAUACUUUCCAGUGUAUAGUUGCAUAUUUGUCAGCGUGCUUUUUGCUGACUGUCAAUGUUGGUUUAACGCAAUGAAGUAAAAGUUUGUUCUUUAAUACAUUCUGCAAA